ACCUGGCAACCCGAUAACUAUUAUUGCAAGCUUUAAUUAGUUUCUCUAUCCCAUCAGAUCAUCCCCUUAAUUUGAUCACCGGCCUCUUCUCCUUCUUCUUCUUGCACUAGUUGUUCUUGUGUUGGUGUGUGUAGUUAUAUUAGAAAGCUAUAUAUCAUGGUGGUGUGCUCUCGAUCUCAAUCUUGAACUAGCUAUAGAUCUGACCUGAGGCGAGAUGGGGAGGGGGAAGAUAGUGAUACGGAGGAUCGACAACUCGACCAACAGGCAGGUGACGUUCUCGAAGCGGCGGAGCGGGCUGCUGAAGAAGGCCAAGGAGCUCUCCAUCCUCUGCGAUGCGGAGGUCGGGCUUGUCGUCUUCUCCAGCACCGGCAGGCUCUACGACUUCUGCAACACCAACAUGAAAGCUGUGAUCGACCGGUACACAAGGGCAAAAGAGGAACAGCAGCCUGUCGUGAAUGCAACUUCAGAAAUUAAGCUCUGGCAAAGGGAGGCAGCAAGCUUGAGGCAGCAACUGCACAACUUGCAAGAAAGCCACAAGCAACUAAUGGGAGAGGAGCUUUCUGGCCUAGGCGUAACUGACCUCCAGGGUUUAGAGAACCGGCUUGAAAUGAGUCUACGCAGUAUCAAAACAAGGAAGGACCACCUUCUGAGAGGUGAAAUUGAAGAGUUACACAGGAAGGGAAGUCUAAUCCACCAGGAAAACAUGGAACUAUAUCGAAGAGUAAACGUCAUGACACAACAAAAAGUGGAGCUAUGUAGACAGCUUCAGAGCUGUGAGGCGAGAGGUGCCAUGGAUGCAACUAAAAGCUGUACCACUCCCUACAACUUUUGUAUUGUGCAGGAUGCCAAUACUCCGGCUGAUCUUGAACUGAGUCGAUCACAAGAAAAGGAAGGGGAACAUAUCAAAACAGAUUCCAACUGUCCUAAGACGAUCCAUUACAAAAUGGACAACGUUAUGGUAUUCGAAACUUAAAACAAGAUGUGGAGCAUUUUGGAGUUUGAAAGCAGAUAGUAUGUUGUGCAUUAUAAGCUUGGACAGAAAAAUAUGUACAGACUACAGACAGGAUAAAUUGUGUUAUCCAGGGCUCCUGUAUUUAAGAUGUGACAUAAUGGCUGUUGUAAGGAUACGUGCUAUAACAGAUUUCACUCGAAGGUGAUUUGUGCUGAAAGGGUAUUUAAAAUAUCCUAGCAAUAAGAAAGGGGUGUCAGCAACUUGUCCGAUC